UCUUUCUUUCUAUUGUGCUUGAUCCAGUAACUGGUGAAAUUCACACAUUCAUACUGUUAAUGUAAUUGUCUAGCUGCUGUUUCUGAAUUGACUUAGCUGACGGCAAGUUUACUGGUUUUCUCGCUGUCUCUCCAGAGAGCAAUCAUUUCUAGGGAAACUUAUUUCUAUUGGCCAGUGCGCGAUCAGCUGGUUACUUUUACUGCUGUGGCUUUUGGCGCUUAGCCAUCUAGAAACAAACCAGUUGAAAGACUACUAAUAGUUAAAGCCAGAUGUACAAAUACACAACAAAUCGCAAUGAGUUCGUACUUUGUGAACACUGCUUUCCCCGCUGCCCUGACCAGCAGUCAGGACUCUUUCCUCGGUCAAAUCCCCGUGUACACAUCUGGGUAUGAAGCUUUAAGACACCUUCCAGCUUCUUAUGGAACCUCCACGAUCCAAGACAAGACUCAUCCAUCACCUUGUUUUUAUCAGCAAUCAAAUACAGUACUUGAUACACGAGUGCCCUGUGAUUAUGGGCCAUCCUGUUUUCAUCCAGAGAAGGACCCACUUACCGCCUUUCCUGCAGGCAGUGCCGGCGAGCAGAGGACACAUAGCGAGUACAUGCCGUUCAACGCUGAGCAACAAUCCGAACCAGAGUAUGCACAAAACAAAGUCUUGAAGGGUCAACCACCCGACCGGAAGUACCCGGGUUCAGCUUAUCCAUGGAUGAUGAACAACUGCAAUGGUUCAAUAUAUGGAUCACAUGGGAAACGUGGACGACAGACCUACACCAGAUACCAAACUCUAGAAUUGGAAAAAGAGUUUAAUUUUAACAGAUACUUGACCAGACGUCGUCGAAUUGAAAUUGCAAACGCCCUUUGUCUCACAGAAAGGCAAAUUAAAAUAUGGUUUCAAAAUCGACGCAUGAAAUGGAAAAAGGAAAACAAGCUGCUUGGGACCACACAGUCAAACCGUGAAGAAAUAAAUAAAAUAUCUAAAGAGUAGUGUGUGUAUUUACAGCGCGGUUAAUGUGUGUCAGCGUUAUGUCGGCUGAUUAAUGGUGUUCAUUUCGUGUUCCAUUUAUUUAUUUAUUUAUUUAUUUAUUUAUUUAUUUGUUUGUUUGUUUACACACUAUUAUCAGCACUCCUGUAAAGUAAUGAAAAUAUUGUAAAUGGCAAAAUCGGUUAUAUUAGAAGCAUUUUGUUUUAUGUUAAUUACAUUAUAUGUGCAUUAUACAGUUAGAUAGAUAGAUAGAUAGAUAGAUAGAUAGAUAGAUAGAUAGAUAGAUAGAUAGAUAGAUAGAUAGAUAGAUGUUCUCCAAACUGUAAAUAUUAAACGUCUGCGGUUCUAUUAUUUUGUUUAUUGAAACAAACUGUUGUUGCUUACACCACACCCGUUUCAAUUAUUAUUUCAAUUUCUCUAGAAGCUAUCGGUUAACAUUUAAAUAACAAACCAAAAAUAUGGACAAAUAUUUAGUAGCUGCUUCUGGCUACAUCAUUAACUGAAUACAUGUUAUUUGGACCGCAUUUCAAUGUCUUUUGGU